AUGGAAGCUGCUGGCAUAGAUUCUGAUGGCCAUGAAUUCAAGAACCCAGAUGAGAUGUGGAUAGAACACGCUGGAGACAAUAACAAGAAGACUCAAUGGUACCGUGAUGGUGUUUCAUAUUGGGAAGUAACAUAUGAUGAAGUUUUGGUCUUUUUGUGUUUUCCUUUGAAGGGUGUGGAGGCUUCAGUAGAUGGAGUGUUAGGUGGGUAUGGGCAUGUGAAUGAUGCUGAUGUGAAGGGAAGUGAAGGGUUUUUACAGACCCUUUUAGCUGAACUGUUUGUUGAUGGUGGAAUUGGCAGGCAUCUUGUUGCUCUUGAUUGUGGUUCUGGUAUUGGGAGAAUCACCAAGAACCUCCUUAUAAGGUAUUUCAAUGAGGUCGAUCUUCUUGAACCCGUUUCACAUUUCCUUGAUGCUGCCCGUGAAAGCUUGGUCCAGGAAAAUCAUAUGGCAUCGGACAAGCAUAAGGCCACUAAUUUUUAUUGUGUCCCACUUCAGGAAUUUACACCAGAUGUAGGAAGAUAUGAUGUUAUCUGGGUUCAAUGGUGUAUUGGGCAUCUCACAGAUAAUGACUUUGUGUCAUUUUUCAAGAGGGCUAAGAUUGGCCUGAAACCUGGUGGAUUUUUUGUCCUGAAGGAGAAUCUUGCAAGAAGUGGAUUUGUGUUGGACAAAGAAGAUCGAAGCAUCACUAGGUCUGAUACAUACUUCAAGGAGCUCUUUAGUCGGUGUGGAUUGCAUAUAUACAAAUCAAGGGAACAGAAGGGACUUCCCAAGGAGCUAUUUGCUGUGAAGAUGUAUGCCUUAACAACUGAUAUUCCAAAGAGAGUCGUUAAAACCAGAUCCAAAGUUCAAGCCAACAGGCCUGGCAUAAUCAAAUGA